UUUUAUUUUGAAAGUGUUAUGUUUAGUUAACAAUAAAAAGAUGGUAAAGUGUAUAAUUGGAAGGAUGAUUAGGACGUCGCUUUGGGAGGUGUAUCCGCAUCACCGCACAAAAUGAUGAUAAUCAUCUUCGUAGGAAAACGCACAAGUAACAAAUUCUUUCCAGCAGAACCAGGAAAAGAAAUCACUGACAUCAAAAGCCCAUAUAUCAAUCCACUGCAACUCCCAGAGUAGAUAAUCUAAAUUAUUCACACAGCAUCUCUCCUCUUCCUCCUCCUCCUCCUCCUCCUCCUCCUCCUAACUAUUGGCACUUGCACUAUCUUCAUCAAUGGCGUCUUCUAGGAGAUCUCUCCAGUGUUUAUUGAGCAGAGUUUGCAGGGAAACUAGGAGAAACUAUGGUGCUCUUCCUGAAGGAACCACUCCUUCCUCUUCUCAACAACUCAUCAGCUUGGAGUAUGAAUUCAGCGCCCACAAUUACCAUCCAGUUCCUAUUGUGUUCUCUCAGGCGAAGGGUUCCUCGAUAUGGGACCCUGAAGGCAACAAAUAUCUAGAUUUUCUUUCAGCUUAUUCAGCAGUUAAUCAGGGACAUUGCCAUCCAAAGAUAAUGAAAGCAUUACAAGACCAGGCAGAGAAGCUUACUCUGAGCUCUAGAGCCUUCUAUAAUGAUAGAUUUCCAAUAUUUGCAGAGCACCUGACAAGCAUGUUUGGCUAUGACAUGGUACUGCCAAUGAACACUGGAGCUGAGGGUGUGGAAACUGCUCUCAAGUUGGCUAGGAAGUGGGGUUAUGAGAAGAAAAAUAUCCCUAAGGAUGAGGCCAUCAUUGUCUCUUGUUGUGGCUGCUUCCAUGGCCGUACAUUGGCUGUCAUCUCUAUGAGUUGUGACAAUGAGGCAACUCGAGGGUUUGGACCAUUGUUACCUGGACAUCUUAAGGUUGAUUUUGGUGAUGAAGUUACGCUUGAGAAAAUCUUUAAAGAAAGAGGAGAUCAAAUAGCUGGAUUUCUUUUUGAACCCAUCCAAGGAGAGGCAGGGGUUAUAAUUCCCCCAGAUGGUUACCUGAAAGCUGUAAGACAACUUUGUUCAAAAUAUAAUGUUCUAAUGAUUGCUGAUGAAAUUCAAACUGGCCUAGCACGUACAGGAAAAAUGCUGGCUUGUGAUUGGGAACAAGUUCGUCCGGAUGUAGUAAUACUAGGAAAAGCAUUGGGUGGUGGAGUAAUACCUGUAAGUGCGGUGCUGGCAGACAAAGAUGUAAUGCUUUGUAUUCAACCAGGAGAGCAUGGAAGCACAUUUGGGGGAAAUCCUUUGGCAAGUGCAGUUGCCAUUGCCUCACUAGAUGUGAUCAAAGAUGAGGGGCUGGCAGAGAGAUCCGCCAAUUUGGGAAAGGAACUUAUGGAUCAGCUACUUAAGGUUCAGCAGCAGUUCCCAGACUACAUUAAGGAAGUUCGGGGAAGAGGUUUGUUCAAUGCUGUGGAGUUCAAUAGCAAGACUUUGUUCCCCGUCUCUGCCUAUGAUAUUUGUCUGAAGUUGAAGGAGAGAGGAAUUCUUGCUAAACCCACACAUGAUACUAUUGUCCGGUUAACUCCACCACUCUCCAUAAGUUUGGAUGAACUGCGAGAAGGCUCAAAGGCGCUGCAUGAAGUUCUGGAGCAUGAUUUACCGAACAUGCGGAAAGCCAAACCUGAAAAGGCUUCUCCGCCAGGUUCUACAAUAUGUGACCGUUGUGGGAGAAAUUUGUAUGCUUCUUGCGAUUGAGACAGUAUGAGAAACGAUGGGCAUGUUUCAAGGGGAUUACACUCAAUACUUUUGUCUUAUACCCCAGCGUACAUUUUGUACUUCUAUUAUGCAGCGAUGGGAGGAAUAAUAACAAAAGCAGUAGCAUUUAUCUCUCGUUUUUCUAUUCUAGGUUUUCUGGGAAUGUUGUCUUUUAGACAUUAUUUUAUUUGAGGGAACUUGAACAGCAUUAUGUAAUCUACCAUAAUGCACUUCUUCUAGCACACCA